AUGCCUGACAAGACAAACAUGAACGCCCUUCCCAUACUACCUCCAGCAUCGUCUUUGAUUCUGCCCAACCGGAGCUCUCACAAUCAGUAUCCGGCCACUCCGCCGCUGGUCAGUCUUCCUCCGCUCACAAGAUACCACUACCCUAGUGCUUCAGACCAGAAUGCGCUCCCGCCUCUUUUCAAGCUGAGCUUAGAUUCUCCGCUACCUCUGCCAGGGGUAUCACCCGUCGGAUCCGAGUCUCCGCAGAAUUCGUCCGAGUUUGCCACGCAAGCACACAGAUCGCAGCGCAAACGGUCCUCGUCGUCUGGGGCCUCACAACCUCGUAAAAAAAGAGAAUGUCCAGUAUGCCACAACUAUUUCAGCAACCUGACAACACAUCGCGCGAUCCACAUCCAAAACUCCAAACCGUUCACCUGCCAGACCUGUUCGCGGUCGUUCAAGCGGCUGAACGACCUUCUGCGCCACGAAAAGUGCCAUUUGUCAAAGCUUGGCGAAUGGGAAUUCCGGUGCCCGUUCUUCAACACCGAUCCAAAGGACAAGUCAGAAAAUUGCCACCACUCGGGCCACUUCACCAGAUGCGACACAUACAAAAACCACCUGAAGGCUAUACAUUUCAAAUACCCGCCAAACACGCCCAAGAGCGAGCGCUCCAAGGUGAACGGGCUUUGCAGAGAGUGCGGCAUGUACUUCAACAACGUGCAGGAGUGGCUUACAAACCACAUCGAGACAAACCAGUGCACCAAGCAGACGCCCGCUAACACGAACUUUACGACAUAA